AUGUGCACUCAGGAAGAGGAUUGUUCGUGUUUGUUAACGCCGAAAAGUAAGAAAGAAGAAAGGAUAUCGCAGUGUGUCAAAUGUCAAGGCCCACCUGCUGUGCUGAUCAGAAAGGAUGAUCCCGCCCUAUGCAGGUCAUGCUUCAUCAGCAGUUGUCUUCAUAAAAUAAAUUCAGCAUUCGGAAAGUACGGAUUGAAUUCUGGAGGAAGCAGUGUGGCUGUAGCAUUUUCUGGUGGUCAGAAUUCAGCAGCCUUAUUGAAACUUAUUUUAGAGAGCUUUAAUGCCGCCAAGAAAACUAGGUUUACACCAAAAGUAUUUCAUCUCACUGAGUACCAGGAAUGUCAAUCCGAUUUAGAUUUGAUUGUCGAUGUAAUGAAAGGCACAGGUUUCGAAUACCAUAUUAUGCCUUCAGACGAAAACUACAGGAAUGACUUAUUUCAGAGUAAAAUGACUUCAUCAAUGCUCAGCAGCAAACAACGGUACGAAGAUUACUCACGUCUUUCAUUGCUGGUUGAUUGUGCUCGGAGACUUGACUGUAAAUUCUUGCUUUUGGGAGAAUGUGGGAAUAGAAUUACUGUAAAAUACCUACAGGAAAUUGUAGAAGGUCGUGGAAAUCACAGUAGCAUACAAACGUCAUUUUUAGAUGAGCGUUUCAAGGAUGUAACAAUUGUCAGACCACUACGCGAUUUUCUUGCCAAGGAAUUAGCUCUAUUUGCACACUUUAUGUGCGUGAAGCCAAUGACACCCAAUGAUCCGUUAACAUCGAUUAUGCUUCAAAAUCCGAGUGUAAAUACGCUGGAGAGAUUAACACAGGAUUUUCUAGCUUCACUUCAAGCUGGGGGGUUUCCAUCGACUACUGGAACUAUCUUAAAAACAUCUUCAAAGAUUGUCCUUACCGAUGAUGCUGAGACUGCAUGUACCUUUUGUCACUAUCCAGUAUACAAAACAUCAUCUUACGAUGACCCUGACAGAUUGGCUACAGAGUCUAUAAAACAUUCUGCUUCACUAUCAAGUGCCAAUGGACAUACUAAAGAAACCGUUUUGAAAACUGAUAAUGAUGAGUCAUUGUGUAGUUCUUGUUCCCUAAUGUUCAAAGAACUUUCUGUUUGUACAUAA